AACAAACCCCAAACCACAAAAUCCUAAAACUCUUAUUCCUCCUAAGUAGUCAGUCUUCAUACGCAGUUGACCUAGUCACUCACAAAAAAACCUCUUUAAAUUCUAACCAAAACCUUAACUUUCUCAACACAACAACAUAACCUUAAUUCUUUCAAAAUGAGUUUCUUUGAACAACAACAAAACAACAUUAAAUUACUCAAAGGUUUCAUUAUAUUGUUGUUUCUUAGUUGUUUAGCUACAAGGUUUAAUUUUUGUCUUUCAAAUCUUUCAAACAUCCCUUUUACAUUAAAAACACUCCCAUUUAAAGGAAAUUUGAGUUUUGAUGAAAUUAGUCUUAACAAAGUUUCAAAAGAUUUUGGUAAUAGAUAUCAAUAUUAUCCAAUGGCAGUGCUUAAUCCAAAAUCAGUUUCUGAUAUUUCAACUACAAUAAAACAUAUAUGGCAAAUGGGACAUAGUUCUUAUCUCACUGUUGCAGCUAGAGGACAUGGACAUUCACUUCAAGGACAAUCACAAACUCAUGGAGGAAUUGUGAUUAACAUGGAAUCACUUAUGUUGCCUGAAAUGCAGAUACAUGUUGGAAAUUCUUCUUAUGUUGAUGUCUCAGGUGGUGAAUUGUGGAUAAAUAUCUUGCAUGAGACUUUAAGAUAUGGAUUAGCACCAAGAUCAUGGACAGAUUAUUUGCAUCUAACUGUUGGUGGAACUCUCUCUAAUGCUGGUGUAAGUGGUCAAGCAUUUAAGCAUGGUCCUCAAAUUAGCAAUGUUCAGCAGCUUGAGAUUGUUACAGGAACAGGGGAUGUGCUAAACUGUUCUAAAGAACAGAAUGAAGAACUCUUUCAUAGUGUUCUUGGAGGGCUAGGCCAAUUCGGCAUUAUAACGCGUGCGAGAAUUCUCCUUGAACCAGCACCAACCAUGGUAAAAUGGAUUAGAGUACUAUACUCGGAUUUCGCGGCAUUCACUAGAGACCAAGAGAGAUUAAUAUCUGAAGAAAAUGCAUUUGAUUACAUUGAAGGAUUUGUUAUAAUAAACAGAACUGGUUUGCUAAAUAAUUGGAGAUCAUCAUUCAAUCCACAAGAUCCAGUUCAAGCUAGUCAUUUCAAUUCAGAUGGAAAAACUCUCUUCUGCUUAGAAUUAGCCAAAUAUUUCAACUUUGAACAAAUAGAUAUAGUAAAUCAGGAAGUUGAGAGGCAUUUGUCACAGUUAAACUAUAUUCCAUCAACCCUUUUUCUAACAGAAGUAACAUAUGUAGACUUCUUAGACAGAGUGCAUGUAUCUGAAGUUAAAUUGCGGUCAAAAGGUUUAUGGGAUGUUCCACAUCCAUGGCUCAAUCUUUUUAUACCACAAAGCAAAAUACACAGUUUUGCAGAAAAUGUCUUUGGGAAUAUCCUAACACAAACAAGCAAUGGCCCUGUCCUUAUCUACCCAGUUAACAAAUCAAAGUGGGACAAUAGAAGUUCUGUUGUUACUCCAAAUGAAGAUAUUUUCUACUUAGUGGCAUUUCUUACCUCUGCAGUACCUUCUUCCAAUGGAACUGAUGGAUUAGAACACAUACUAAGUCAAAACAAAAGAAUUUUAGAGUACUGUGAAAGAGAAAAUCUUGGAGUAAAGCAAUAUUUGCCCCACUACAAUACACAAGAAGAAUGGAGGGUCCAUUUUGGUAAUAAAUGGGAGGCUUUUAAGCAAAGAAAAUUUGAUUAUGACCCAUUUACAAUACUUGCUCCUGGCCAAAGAAUAUUUCAAAAAACAAUAACCACCUCAUGAUCACUCUAAUAAAUAGCCUUCAUAUUUGAUUAUCAAUAUUAAUUUGAAAAAGAAAUUAGAAUGUUCCUUAUGGCACAUGUGACACAUGAAAAAUGUUAUGUGCUUAGAUUGGUUUGAAACAGGACCACGUAGAUUGGAAAGGAGGACCAUUGAUAGUGUACAGAAAAAAUAGGAAAAAAACAGUGAUUUAUAAAAAUAUUAAUGAUUAGAUUUGUAUGUCUGCCAAGUAAAUUAGGAACGUUGUCUAUGUAUAAUUUACUGAAUUGAAUAUUGAGGAGAAAAUUUUCAUACCAAA